AUCGUUGACACGUCCUACGAAAAGAGUGCGGAGUCGGUUGGUAACGUUUUGCCUUCUGUCGUGGCUCGUCUCGAUCCUUCGGGAUCCAACGGUUUCUCGCGGCAACGCGACUUUCCACGCGAUAUUCCACGUCGUAUCGCGAAACCCGCGAGAUCCAUUCCCUCGAUCACGCGUGCAUCGGACAGUGCCGCGUGCAGAGCGACCGUUGGGUCGCUGACAUUUAAACGAGACUCGAUCGAUCGGUGAUCUCGAUCGUUCACGGUGCCGUACGACGUGCACGUAACUCGUCGAGCCUGCGACUAAAACAGUGGUAUUUGUGUGUUUCGGUGGCAGGCGUGACACUCCUCGUCUCGAUCAGUGAACAUUUUCACGGGGAACGAUGCUGUCCGCCGGCUGUCUGUUCGCCGCGAUCCUCGUGAUCACCGGAACCAUCGCCAGCCAGACGACCAUGGACGCCAAGAUCCGCGACGACUCCGACUUGUCUCAGUUCUACCAAUUGCUGGAGGCCAGUCAAAUAGCGAACACUACCCUAACGUAUCGUCACGUGACCCUGUUCGCACCGACGAAUCGAGCUUUCCAGAAGUACAAUGGAACCACGAAGAACCUGUUACUCUAUCACAUGUCAAACUUUCCGAAAACGAUCGAGAACCUGGGGGAUUCAAUCUCGUCGGAGCUCGAGGGUAAUCCGCCCUUAUGGGUCACCAGGCGGCCAGGCACGCACGGCGAGGACGUUUACAUAAAUAACGCGAAGAUUCUCACGGAACAGAGCAAUUUCCAGUCGAAGGUUAUAGCCGGCGGCGACGUGAAGACGCAGGUUCUGCACAUAAUAAACGAAGUGUUGGAACCGGUUCGCCCAAAUUCUGCGGAAAUGCCGAUUUACAGCCCGAACGCCUUCGAAUUCUUAAAUCAAAGCGAACAUCUCGAUUUGGGUGCACAUCGUGUUCGCACCUUCAGACAGCGGGUCGUGAAGGAAAAGAAGGAAGAUGUUUUCAAGGCGGAUGGACGUUACACCUUUUUUAUCCCCGUUGAGGAGGGUUUCAAGCCAACGCCGAGACCGGAGAAGGUCGAUCGCGUGGUAAUCGACGGUCACGUGAUACCUAAUCACGUUCUCUUCACCUCACCAACCCCUGACAAGGUACCCUACGAGACCCUCGCGUUCACGGACAACGUCAAGGUCACCGUCAGCUUCCGCAAAGAACACGACAAAGUUUACAUACAGUCCAACACCGUGUUGGGCGACGCGAACCAUCCGACCGGCGUGGUGCUGGCGGAAAUAGUCAAAGCCAACAUUCCGGUGCGCAACGGCGUGGUGCAUUUGAUCCAACGGCCACUUAUGGUCGUCGACACCACCGUGAAGGACUUCCUCGAGUCCUUCAAGGGCAUCGAAAAGGAGGACGGUCCGGUGUACAAGUUUUACGAGACGAUCCGCGAUUUCGGUGACGAAAUCAUGAGCACCAUAAGCCAUCUGCGCGACGUGACGCUGUUUGCGCCGAGCAACGCGGCAUUCGAGGAACCAGGCGUGCAACAGAUCCUUCAGGACUCCGAGCGCGUCAAGGAGAUCCUGAACCUCCACUGCGUCAAGGAGCGGCUGCCCCUCGACAAGAUCAAGAACAAGAGCGUCAGCCAGAAAUCCUCGUCCGGGAAGUUACAACUUGGGGUGUCUACGAUGGCGGAUAGGAAGAAAUUGUACUUCAACGUGGUUCAGGGACCUAGUGGAAACCAGACUGUGACCGUCGAAGGUGGCGGAGUGAACGCAACGGUCAUCACCGCGAAUAUCGCCGCCACGAACGGGAUCAUUCACAUCAUCGACAGAGUCCUGGGUGUUCCUUACACGACUGUGUACGAGAAACUCAAGACCGAUCCCAUGCUCAACUCCACGUUCCUCCUGGGCCAACGACGCGGAUUCAACGACAUGCUGAAGGACACGACGAAGCGUUUCACUUACUUCGCCCCGCGCGACUACGCCUGGAACGUGGCGACGAUCAGCUACCCGUCCACCUCCAAGAAGCUCUUCAUGCCCGAGUUCAGCUAUCACACGAAACAAAUCCUGGAACGACACCUCGUCAUGGGCAACGAGGCGUACACAAUGGCCAAACUGAAGGAGAUGAAACACAACGACACAAUCGUCCUCACGGCCAUGAGGGACAAGCUGACGCUUCGCGUCCGGGAGUACAGCGAGAAUGACAAGCACGACGAAAACGCGAUCCGUCCAGAAACUUUCGGCUACCAGAUCGAGUGGGAGGGGAACUGGAUCCGCGUGUUCCGCCCGGACGUCGAGUGCACCAACGGGAUCAUCCACGUGAUCGACACCGUGUUCCUGAAGGACAGCGACGUGAGGGUGAAGGGUAACACGGCGACGGUCGUUAGCCUGGCGCCGCAUCUGAUCAUGAUCCUGGUAGCCAAGUGGCUGCUUUAAGGGCGUGUCUGUCGAGUCUGUCAUAGGUGCACCUAGGAAUUUAUUUCGGGACCGUCUCCGAUUGGACCUCGUCCAGGCGAGCGAAGCGCGCGAGAAUCGGAUUCGAGGCUCUUGGACUUGGACGCGCGUCUCGGGGGUUCGAUUUAUCCCCGAACGACCCUGACGAGUCCCGGGAUCCGAGCGGUCACCGUCACGCACCUGUGCUCGAGAGUUUCGCUUAUGGUCGCGCGAAAGAAUGACCGCGAUCGACCAGGCGAGGCUCUCGAGCGGAUCCUCGGAUCUCCAUUGGAGCGGUCAUCUUACCGACGAGUUGUAAGGUCAAAGAUUCUCUUGAUUCGAGGGUUUAUCGUAUCGAUACGACCGGGUCCAGGUCUCGCGCGUCCAAACGUCCACGAGAGUUCGGGUCUCCGCGCAAGAAAGAAGAGAAAAAGACAUUCGAAGCAGUGACGAUCGCGCGGCGGGACAGUUUCGCGGGUCAGAGACGCCAUUGAUCGUACCAAAUAAUUAAUCAACCGUACCAAGUAAUUUAGAGAAACCCACGAACGAGGGACGAGGCACGGGGGCAGAGCAGAGAUUUCGGGGAACCGUCUUUGAGUACAAGGGGCCGAUGAGAGAUCCACCGCCUGGCGGUAAAUAAGGAUCGCGUCCUUUCCAUCGCUGAUUACUAUAGCGGAAAAAAAAAACACAGGCGUAGAGCAAAUGUCCCGCGUCUGCGUUAGCCGUCGAUAUUCAGGCCAUAACUAUCAUACAAGUACGUCUCGCCUAAUUGUGGUAUACUUCGAUUUCAUUGACAAUGAUGAGCUAUAGUUCUGUGUGCGUGUGUUGCGUGUGUGUGUGUGCGUGCGAGCGUCAUUUCUGUCAGCGCGUCGAAUCGCGUCGCGAGGCACGCGGCCGAUUUUCGUACGGAAACCGAGUCGCUGGCGCUCUGCGUGCGGUGAACCGCCCCCAUAGGCUUUCCGUAACAAUGUAUCCUCAACGCGCGAUAAAGUCUCCAAGCACACAGCGUCGGCUGCACUGCUAUUACGUUCAUAGCACACGCUUCGCGACAGAGUCUCCGGCAACACAAGGGUUUAACCAGUGAUUUACAAAGUUAUGGAACACGUUGCAAUCCUGAUAACAAACGACAUUCUCGUUCCUGAAAUUUAAUUACACCGUUCAUUUUCAUUUGAUAUGCUUGUAAAAUAUUCUGUCGGUUCGAAAUUUAUGAAGACAAUUUAACUUUGAUUCAUGGAAAAGGUUUGAAAAUCACUGGGUUAGAAGCAUCCGCGAUAACAGACGUAUUUCUGCGUCGAAAAGCCAUAAGCGAUCCCAAAGGGGUGUCGUAGCCUCUCGACGAGCGAUUCGCCGCCGCGCUACAAAGAUGGCUUCCGAUUACACUUGCUCUCUGUAUCAUAUCGUACUACACUGUCUACUUACUGAUAAUACUGCCACGUCGCAUUGCAGGCCGGAUGAGCUUGCGAACGGGUUUUUGUACAACUGUCGUCGAAAGGAGCGGAGCUUUGCCCAGUGGCGACUCGAUCACAUUCCGACAUUACGCCGCGCGAACGAAUCCUCGCGCUCGAAGAGAAAUUGGUAACGCUUCUCUCGCGUUACACGUGUUCAGGUUUCUCAAGUAGAACUGCGUUCACCUGAAACAAUUAAAAAAUGUAAUUCCUGCAAGAUUCGAACGACAUUCUUGCGUAGAAGGUCAACCACCAUUUUGUUCGCGAGCAAACUCUUAAGAAUUAUUACAACUUGUUAUGUAAAUUUGUGAUAAAUGUAACGUAAGCAGAAAGUACGAAGGAUGUUGAGGAAUGUGGAUUGCUGGAGACCUAAAGUAGCAAAGUUGCGUUUUGGAUCCUCCUCCAGCGAGAGGAUUCGUUCGAGCGAACACUACGUGUAAUACCGUGAAAAUACUCUUUCAGAAAUUCCUUUUUCUCAUCGAUUGUACAGUACUAUAUACGAUAUAUCUAUACAUAUAAUAUAGGGUCAUCAACACCAAUGCACCACGCCACUAUUGAGUCGCUGUCGAGAUUACUGUCGGGUUGGCGUUUCGUUUAAAUUUAUGCACUCGGGUUUAACCUUUCGCGAUCACCACAUGUCUAGUCACCAGGUAAUUCAUGUACAGGGUGUCCCUUAACAUGUUGAGAACAGAUGAACGCAUGUUACGGAACACCCUGUAUUAUUGGACAACAAAAAUUCAUGCGAGUAAACCGAAUACGUUCGAGAACAGUUAUCCGUGAUUAUAAUUAAACUGCCUUGAAAUAAUUUUCUAAUGAUUUAGAAUCCUAAUCGAUCGACAAUCGUGAACGGUGCGAAGGGUUAAAUCGCGUUUUGAAGCAACCGACAGAGGGCAAAAAUAACGAGCAAAGUUUCAUUCCCCCGAAUUAGUAAGAGCUUAGCUAUGCGUGUACAAGUAAUUACGAAGUUAGCGCGUGUCUCUUGAACGAAGAGAAAAAGAGAGGACAAUGAGAAUCAAACUACGGUUAGUGAUCGAAGGUUAAACGAAAAAAAAAAGAAAAAAAAAAAUAAUAAAACGCAGAGGAGAAAGACGAACCCGAGCAUUCGAAGGUGAGAAAUGAAACGUCGCGAGAUUUCAUUUCCCCCUCCCCCUGGCGAAAAGGUCGUCGCGACGGAGGGGACAGUGUCGUUCACAGGAACCGAAACGCCGAAAACUUAAAAGAAGGACGACGAAAGUUGUCGCGCGCCAUUAUUUAAACGAGACUUCUAAGGACCGCGUUCAGCUACCGCAAUUUUCUCCACGAAAUAACGGAAUAAAAAAAAAAAAAGAGAAUUAAUAGGGAAUUCGAUGUUAUACGUGUUGAUAUCAGUCUAUACAUAUAUAUAAAAGAAGUAAAUGAAUAUAUAAAUAAAUAUAAAAUAAAAACAGAGAUAUAUUGACGAAGGAAGAAAGUACGAUUGAAGAGUUAGACGAAGAAAGGAACUGAAGAAACAGAAAUACUAUCAGAUGAUACCUUAAAAAAACUUGUUGUUGGGAUGAAUUGAUAUUAUGAAUUAUUAAUUAUUAAUAAUUAUUACAAUUAUUACGUAUAUAUAUACAUAUAUAUACGCGUAUAUAUAUGUAUAUGUAUAUAUAUAGAAAUAUACAUAAACUCUAAAUAAACGCUGUUUGUUCGUUAGAUAAGUAUUAACUGGAAAUGAAAAAUGAGAAAAAAAUAAUAGCGAGAACUCUAUUUCUUCGUGUAGACGCGUCUUAAUGUUCAGCUUGUUCAAGCAUAACGCCGAAAACGAAUCGCAUUAUAAGCAACCGUUGCGCGUGGGUUGCGAUAGGUGUGAAUGGAAAUGCAAGAUACCGAAUUUUUGAGGAGAAAUGUCGCAUGGAAGUUAUUUCGCGACCGAAUCGCGUUCACGAGAACCAGCAUAUCCGAGCACAGUUCCCUUCUGUUCCUUCGCGGACGUUUCCCUUAAUUUUCAGACCCGAAAACGUUGCGAAAAUCCGGCCAAAUCCUUAACACACCACCGUGAACCUUGUAAAUGGAAGAAGAAACAGAGGUAUUAAAGCGAAACGAUCCAAAGAACUUCGGCCAAGAAUCGACGCAUGUCCAAGCACGCGCCAUUUUUAUUUGUGCUCGACAAAACCGAAAAGUUUCUCGCGUGGCGCAUUGAGCCAGAUUUCAAUUACAACGCGACAGAAAUAAUUGACUGAUUUCAGUAAUCACUAAAGGAAUAUUUCAUAAAUAAAACCUUCGAUUGUUCUGUACGAUACAUUAUCAUUUUCAUUUUUCUUGCUUAACACCUUGACCGCCAUGCCUGCUUUCCACGUCUUCGAGUAUUUAUUUAAACGUUAGUGGGAAAUACAGAGACAUUUAAUAGUCCAACAUUCGUCGUUUUGUAGAGUUCCCAACGACGCUAACAUUGUUUGAAAAUUAACGAGCAUCGGGGUUCAUUCACUUGGAGCAUUUGAAAGAAACUGUGAUAGUUUGAACAAGAAAGAUGAAAGAAAUUACUUGUUGAAUAUUUUUCCUAGAUAUAGUUGUCACUGAAAUCAAUAAAUUAGCGCGAUAAGAACGAACGAACAAUGCCAUUGCACGUGGAAGCUUCUUACGAUAGAACUGUACAGUCUGACCUCACGCAUCUUGAAUUUGCUAUACGAAUUAUUUUCCUCCGCUCACGGACAAAAUAAUGGUGUCGAACAAUUGUACAGUCGUCAACGAGCACGCGGUAAAAAUAAUACUCACGCCAAGUUACAGGCUCCUCUUGAUCUCGAAAGCAAACGCGACAAGUAAAUUUGGACAAUGUAAGGAAACAACUUCGAAAUCUUGUAACGAUGAUUAAUCUAUAAGGUUUAACUCAUAUCAAAGUUUCAUUGAAAAUCUCUUCGUCCUUGCGUGAAUUGCAUCCCUCGGUCCCGUGUGCUAUCACGUCGAUAGAUAUGUAUUAACUCUGCAAUGAAAAUCAAAUAUUAAAAAUUAAAUUAAAUUCCAAUUAAUCACAAGGAACAAACGAUAGAUAAUUUUUUAGUAAGAGAAGUGAGAAGAUUCUCUGUUCGUAAUUGCAUUUUACCUUUGAUUACUGAAAUUAUAAGAUUCGGGGCGCCAUAUUUCCGAUGCCUUUGCGAAGAUCGAUCGAUGAACGCGAGAAAAUCGAACGGUUUAUAAAGAUUGAUUACGCGAUCAGCGAAGUACCUCGUACCAUAGCACGCCCGCCAAAGAAACAGUCGCAUUAAGCGAUUGGCGAAUUCAUUUCUCUCGCGUUCCUAACGCAAUUAGUAUCCGCUCUUCGCAAUGAAAACUAAUCGUCAAACUUAUCGAACGAUCUGUUACGUAGGGCCAGGACUGCUUGUCGAAUUUUUCUGUAUUUGAAUUAAAUUAUCUCCUCUAAGUUCCUCGUUUAUUUCUCGAAUAAUUAUAUUGAAAUACUCGUGUAUUGGAAUAGUGAUAUUCGAACGGUCCUGGUCCUAUUUGUUCGUCGCUCGACCUCUUACGCUAGUCGCAUGUUCACGUAAUUGUUUGUACAUUUUGUACAUACACGUACACGCGUACGACAGGAAGAGAAACCAACGCUUUAGCUUUUCCAUGUAAUUAACGAUACGAUUAAAUCGUACUCUUAUCGAGCGCGUCUCCAACGAUUAAAUUCUGUCGAUUCUUAUCUUUCCCCGCUUUAUUUCAAUCAAAAGUUGAAACGUUGUACGUACCCUGUCGAAGAAAUUUUAUUCGACUCUCUAUCCGUUUACCCUCGUUUUUCCUCCCCCCUGAAAAUAGAAACUAAUUUAUACUUCUGAAAUCGAGCAUGUAUUUUUAAUAUUAAUGCGUAACCGUGUAAUUUUUAGUCGUAUUUAAUUGUCAUUAAAUUAUAAAAGAUCGUUUGCACGCUUGUCUCCGAAUGUGAAAUCUGGAAAUUUAUAAUUUCAUCUAUUUUUUUUUUUUUCUUGUCUUUAUGUACCAAUUAAGCAAAAAACGAAUAAAUACCGCAAGAGAUCAUGAAAAAUGAUACGUUUCUACGAUUCUGAUUCACCAUCUGUUGUAAAGAAUUGAUCCUUCACGCGCAUAGAAGUUUUUCGAAGUGUUACAAGUGAUUAAGAUGAUAUUGCAAGACGAAUAAAAAUAUUAGAAAUUCGCUUUGAAAGGCAACGUACCCCCAACUCGAAUACACGUUCACGAUACUUCUUUUUAAUUGACGCGUUUGGGAAGAGAGAUUAUCACAAAUCGUUCUGUUCGUCGUUGCUAUCGAUUUCUUUGGUGUAAGAAUUUACCAUUGAAAUUAUACAGAUUCUAACGAUAACUUACACGUAAUUUCUAAAACAGACAAUUGAUCAUUCAUCAUCGAUGUAAUAAUAACUCGCCAUUGUUCUUUAUGCCAGCAGGUGUUCUUUUAUACUAUUAAAAUCUUUGAGGCAUUGAGAUAAAGCUAAUUCUUCGGUUAUUCGAAAUAGUAUAAAAUCAGACGUCGUUGAAAAAAUAAUUUUUCUAAAAUUCUAAGGACGCUUUCGAGCUGGCGGCCAUAGGGCUUUCUUCCAGCAUUUGUACGCGUGGAAUACUGUGCCAAUGUUUGGCCACGUGUCGCAGAAAUGGCACCGAUAGACGUUCAAGCGUUUAUUUGCAGCAAGAGAACUUCGAAUCGCGUCGUCGUGAAACCUCUCUACCCACGUGUUCCCUCUAGCUACGCGUUACCGUUUGCAUUUGCUAAAAAAAUCGCGGCGUGAAACGUCUUUUUCGUGGUAAAUGCAACCGGUGGCCGAUAUACACGACGCCGUUACGUAACGUAAAUCAUUAUUAGGUAAGGGUAUUAAAGUAGGUGACGAAGUAACACAGAAGGUACGAGUUUAAAGAAGAAAAGAAAAAGUAAACCAAUUACGGACGAAACGAAACAAACGUAACGUGUAAGCGAUUUAAUAAUUUUAAGCGUUGGAUAAGCACCGUCAGAUUAACGAGAUUUAACUAAUAAACUAUUAAGGAUUAUUUAUUAGCUAUUAUAUAUAUUAUAUAAUAUAUAAAUAUAUAUGUAUAUUAUAUACCUAUAUUGUAGUAGGGAAAUCAAAUUUUAUGUACCACAGAGCUAUUUGUAUAAAAGCCAUUCUAUUUCGUUUAUCCGCGAAUUAACGUCGUUCGAUAUUUAAUUGCCAGCGGUGCGGUCGGGUAACGAUUUAGGCGAUAUAAAAGGUGUCCCAAAAUACGCAAUGGAACUCUUUUUUUUUUAUAGACGAGCCUUCGUUUUUCGAGACAAUUAAUUUUAAACACAUUCGUAAAAGCUUGACUCUGCGUUGUUGAUUUAUUUUGUGUUUAAAGAGAAAUCUGCUUUUGGUUCGUGGCCAGUGUUUCGGGACACCCUCUAUAUUUUAGAACGAUUAAUCGACAAACGAUUCUAGUUUUUUCUUAGGACUUAAGUGUACGUGUAUUGCAUUCGUCUGUAUCUUCAGAGUAAAUCGUUAAGUUUCCGGGUAUCGGGCGCUCAUCGCGGGGAACGGCAGACUUCUGUGUAAGAUUUUUAUGAGAGACUUCGCAUGUUUCGAGCCAUCUGAAUUUUGCAAAUGUGUGUGUGUACGUAUUCGUUGGGCGAGCGACGCGUCGACGGGUGCCGGUCGAUUCCGCGAAGAGGAAUUUAAAACGACCGUGAAGAUCGGAGAAACGAACGGCACCACGAAUCGCCGUUCUGCCCGUUGAACGAUCAUGUCACUUGUAUCUCGCUUGACUACACUAUGUAGACUCCGGUCGCUUUUGCUGUAUGAUUUUACAAAGAAUAAAGAACACCUA